CUAUCCUGCGGCAACAUAGCCGACCUCCACUAAUACCGACAGCAUACUUUCCAUUGUUUUACAACAUUUUUCUCAUACUCUCAGGCUCAUCAUGUGUGAAAAAGACACAUGGCUUAUUUUGAUGCUGAUGUUUACUUGUUGUUUUGCGAAAUUAGAUGAAAACCUGCACUUUGUAACAAAAGGUCCACAGGAAGGCUACACGUGGAGACUGGUAACAGAUGGGAAGGGUGUUACACAGUUCUUAUUAGACAAGAAUUACGACAUCGUGGACUGCAACACGACCACAGGUGUCCCAGCCAGGCAGACUGUACGGGACAUGUUCAGGGAGGCCGUACAGUCGUACUCAGGUAUCAUCAUAGACCAGCACAUGGACAACACUGACCACGACCGCUACAGACGCAGAUGCACCAAGUUCAUGAGAGACACGAAAAGGAUAAAGUACGACACGACUGCCCCGCUGUACCACGAGAGGAUGCGGCGGGGAAGAUUCCAUUCCACCUGGCCGGGAACAAACUGGUGUGGAACAGUCCAGGCACCAGCGAACAGCACCCUGGGAAAGAACAACGGGACAGACAGUUGUUGUCAACAGCACCAGCAGUGCGCUGAUGUUCUAGAAGGCUACCAGAGGACAGACUACUACCAGAACAUGCGACCUUGGCGCGUCUCUCACUGCGACUGUGACAGGGAGUUCUAUGACUGUCUGGCGACCGUCAACACGUCCGUGUCGUACGCAGUCGCCUUCACGUACUUUCACGACUUGAGCCCGACCUGCUUCGAACGGCGUCGGAAGGAUAUCUGCACGGAGCGCGGCGACUGGUUCAACUGUCAGAAACAGGAAAAAGUGAGGGUUCCGACAGAAAAGGACAACCCGACAUGGCCUUCUUUUUACCCACCUCACUUCCGCCGCGCUGAGAAAAGUAUUAAGGAGAUAGUUCGGCCUGCACAACGUGCGAGAGGGUUUUAAUUUUGUCUGACUUAGGCUACAGCAAGUAAAUUUUAUGGAUGACAUCCUCCGCAGACUCCAGAUCUAAUGCGAGCUGGCAAAAAAA